UUUCUUAAGAAUGCAGGGAAUCAAAAUUUGCAAGAAGUUCCAAGCUCCAGCCAAAAAGAAAAUUAUCAAACAACUAGUCUAAAAGUUUUCCCAGUCUACAAGUUCUAGAAGAAAUUGAUCUACCCAUGACUUGGUCGUCGAAAUGCUGAGACAUAAACAAGCUUGGCAUGGCAAUAAAACAAAACUAACUAGUAUCUCUGAAGCCGUCCCAAGGAUAAGCAAAAUCAGAGAAUAGUUUUUCCCUUAACCAGAUCAUUAACAAAGCUGCAAUUAUGCAAAAUUCCCCCAAGCACCAAAAGGAUCCGACGAUGAAAGUGUUAAACUGGUACAAAAUGCCGGCCAGUGCUCUUCUUUGGUUCUUCCUAUAUAUAUGCAGGUGUGGCAAACACCUUCGACAUAGCAAAACUCAGCUUUAUCACCUUCAUCUACUUCGAAAAGAAGGGCAAUUUGUUCAACAUGGCCACCACUUCUUUACUCUCCUUCAUUUUUGUGCUCAACUUCUUUCAUGUCAUUGCACUGCAAAGUGAAGUAAUAUCAGUCUCUCAAACUACCGAAUCGAGCAGUUUGCAAAAUUAUAUUAUUCACGUGAAGCCACCAAAGGGCAGAGUCCUUUCCCAAUCAGAAGACUUGGAGAGCUGGUACAGGUCUUUUUUGCCGGCUACAACUGCUGCGAGCUCAGACAACCAGCCACGAAUGCUGUACGCAUACCGAAACGUGUUGAGGGGUUUCGCAGCAAGGCUAACUCAGGACCAAGUGAGAGCUAUGGAAGGCAAAGAUGGCUUCAUAUCAGCACGUCCUGAAAGAAUAUUGAAGAAACUGACAACUCACACCCCCAACUUCCUCGGGUUGCACCAGCAAAAGGGCUUCUGGAGAGAUUCGAAUUUCGGAAAGGGGGUGAUAAUUGGGGUACUGGACGGCGGAAUUUUCCCCAGCCAUCCUUCGUUUAGCGAUGAGGGAAUGCCGCCUCCGCCUGCUAAAUGGAAGGGAAGGUGUGAUUUCAACGUGUCAGAUUGUAACAACAAAUUGAUUGGUGCAAGGUCUUUCAAUUUGGCAGCCAAGGCAACAAAGGGAGAUAAAGCUGAGCCACCAAUUGAUGAGGAUGGGCAUGGGACUCACACUGCAAGUACGGCUGCUGGUGGAUUUGUGAACUAUGCAGAUGUUCUAGGAAACGCCAAAGGCACUGCUGUUGGGAUGGCACCAUACGCUCAUUUGGCGAUUUACAAAGUGUGCUUUGGAGAAGACUGUCCAGAUGCCGAUAUACUAGCUGCACUUGAUGCAGCUGUUGAGGAUGGUGUAGAUGUGCUCUCACUCUCCCUUGGUGACGUGUCGCGUCCGUUUUUCAACGACAGCCUUGCUAUAGGUGCCUUUGCAGCAACCGAAAAAGGAAUUCUCGUAAGCUGCUCAGCAGGCAAUUCUGGCCCAGUCAACAGCACUUUAUCUAACGAAGCCCCUUGGAUUCUCACAGUUGGAGCAAGCACCAUAGACAGAAAAAUUAUAGCCACAGCAAAGCUGGGAAAUGAUGAAGAAUUCGAUGGUGAAUCUAUCCACAGAGGAGAUUUUCCUCAAACGUCGUGGCCUCUUGUUUAUGCUGGAAUCAAUGGCAAAGCAGAUUCUGCGUUUUGUGCCGAAGGGUCGUUGAAAGAUAUUGAUGUCAAGAAUAAGGUGGUGCUUUGUGAGAGAGGAGGUGGAGUGGGAAGAAUUGCCAAGGGGGAAGAAGUGAAAAAUGCCGGGGGAGCUGCAAUGAUUCUCGUUAACCAAGAAAGUGACGGUUUCAGCACAGAAGCAGAUCCUCAUGCUCUUCCUGCAGCACAUGUCAGCUUUGCAGAUGGACUGAAGAUCAAAGCCUACAUAAACUCAACGGCAACACCAACUGCAACACUUUUCUUCAAAGGAACUGUCAUCGGAGACUCACUAGCUCCUUUCAUUGCUUCCUUCUCUUCAAGAGGCCCUAACCUGGCAAGUCCAGGUAUUCUAAAACCUGACAUCAUUGGACCCGGCGUCAGCAUUCUAGCAGCUUGGCCAUUCCCUCUUGACAACAACACAAAUCCAAAAUCCCCUUUCAACAUAAUGUCUGGCACAUCAAUGUCAUGCCCACAUCUCAGCGGAAUAGCAGUUUUGCUCAAGAGCUCUCACCCUUACUGGUCACCAGCUGCCAUUAAAUCUGCUAUAAUGACCACCGCUGAUAUCGUAAAUCUUGAGGGCAAAGCCAUUCUUGAUCAAGCACUUACCCCUGCAGAUGUCUUUGCUACUGGUGCAGGGCAUGUCAACCCAAUAAAAGCCAAUGACCCGGGACUGAUCUAUGAUCUUCAACCCGAUGACUACAUUCCUUACCUAUGUGGCCUGGGCUACAACGAUAAGGAAGUUGGGAUCGUUGCACGUAGACCAAUAAAAUGCUCAGAAAAACCAAGCAUACCUGAAGGAGAGCUGAACUACCCUUCAUUUUCUGUCACACUAGGACCAUCUCAGACGUUCACACGUACAGUGACAAAUGUUGGUGAGGCAUAUUCAACUUAUACAGCCAAUAUUAUGGCACCAGAUGGAGUCUACGUAAGUGUCAAACCCAGCAAGCUUUACUUCUCGAAAGUGAACCAGAAGGCAACCUACUCAGUGAAUUUCAGCCGCAUUACUUCAAGUGGUGAGACGGGUCCAUAUGGUCAAGGAUUUUUAACAUGGGUUUCUGCCAGGCACUGUGUUAGGAGUCCGAUUUCUGUUAAGUUUCAGUGAGAAACAGAUGCAUGGUAGGAAAGCAGUGACUUGUACUGUCACUGACAAGGCAUACUUGUAAUAUCAGUUCUCUACGUUUCUUUCCAUUGAAUAAAUCGUACAACUCCAGAAAUCUGAAUUACCACAGUUAAUCGUUCAGUGUCCACUGGCAAAAUUUCUUGAU